AUGCCACAAGGGAAGACUAAGCAUCUGAGUGGCGGUAGGGACAAGAGGCACUCUCUGUAUGGUCAAGGUAAUCAGUUUAUACCUGUCACACAGGCAGAAGCUUAUGUCCCUGAUGCAGAGGAAAAUGCAUCAAGUGAUAGUGAUAAUAAUCUGAACGACGACGAUAUCGGAGGUGAGGAUAACGCCAGCUAA